GAGAGUUGUUCCGCUUACGAAAAGGGUAUCAAAAAUUCAUAAUUUCCGACCGAAGAAAAAUCAAACUGACAUUAUUAAAUAUUUGAAGGUGGGAGCUGCCAAUCGAAGACUCAACGUCUUAUUGGGACCAAAUAAUCGGAAAUAUAGAGAGACAGGCUUCUAAAGUAAGAAAACCAUUAUCACCGUUCAUUUCUCCAUGAUCUUCAACCUUUCCCUUAGAGAGCAGUGCCAGCAAUGACGUCACUGACGACGAAAGCUCUGGUCACUCUAGUGUCGAACCCGGAGCUACGAACGAACCGGUUUUCAAAAUAUCUCCACCCUCGCCCACGAACGAGGGGACCAGGUUUACAAAUAAUUCGGAAGACACCUCGGAAGUUGCUUGGAAGUCUUUACAUAUUUUAUCUCCAGUUGAUAACAAAGCAGUCAAGCUUACUUUUGACACCGACGAUGACCAUUACGAGCCGGUCAAUUCAAAGCGUGAAACGGAAGAAAAUGUCACUGAACAAACUUUGCUCAGCAGUCAGAUCAGUAAUCGCGAUAAUCUAGAGCUAAGUUCAUUUUCGCUGACCAAACUAGCGCAGAUGACAAAAAUUUCACAAUGUGUAAAUGAAUUUUUGAAAACUACUAGGGUUAAAGUUACCGCGAAAUCAAUUUCUAAGAACUCUGUUAUGCCUCUUCAAGGUACUUUAAGUUGCGACAGUGUCAAUGCUGUUCCUUUAUCGGCAGAAAGUCCUCAAUUUCUUGAAAGACGAAAAGACCAAUCUAAAAUUGACGAAUUCGUUGAAGAAAAAUCUAAUCAAAAGGAAAACAAAGAAAUUUUUGAAGAUGAAGAUUCAAAAAUCGACGAGAGAGGCUACGAAAUUAUUGACUUUGUCCAAAAACGAGUUUGUUUCUUCGACACCAAAGAUGACGAAGACAAUGUUGACAUAGAAUAUCGCCGAACACCACGACCAAGAGCUCCAAGUAUCGCAGUAGCAAGUUCAGUUCCCAGUUUUGGACGGAUCGUUUCGUCUUUUGAAUCGACAGACUCUCUCGAAAACUCUCUGCUGAAUGCAAGCUCCACCGAUAAUAACAUCCCGUUGAUUCGGUUGGAAACGGAAAAAAAAGAAGAAAAGCUGAAAGCAAACUUUUUAAACAUUCCUGAUGUUAAAAAACCAACCGCGGCUUUUUAUCCGCGAGUUAAACACCAGGAUGAACCUGAAAGGAAAGUGGGAUUCACGAAAGCGUAUGAAGCCAAGGGAGUGCGAUACUCGAGGAAAUUGGGACAAUGGCCGAAAAAAUCAAUCGUUCAUAUUCUGCGAGCGUUGAAAUUGAUGAAAACUCGUGAUAAGAAUAAAAGAAAGGCUGCAAUAGACCGAGGUAAAUUUUCAGGCGGUUUGAUUAUACAAGAGUCAUCUUGCUCGAGUGUUGAUCAUGAUCUGACUGAUCGGUCUCUGGAUUCACGAUCUGAUGUUCCGCUGAGUGAUAAGUCUAGUUCGACGUCUUCAUGCUCGUACUCGAGCGUCAGGAAAAGAUUGAUCAAUAAUUCGUUUGCUUUCCAAGAAAAAACCUCGGAAAUUAUUGAAACUGUGAGUAAGACAGUGCAGCUUUAUAAUUCGGGGAUCGAUGAUCAUGAGCCAAUUAAUAAGAGUGAGGUCUGUCUGCAAAAAAUACCGAAGAUUGGAGGAAUGUACUCGCGAAGAAAGAGCGAUAAGUGUUUGGCAUGUCUGCACCUUUCGGUCACUAAAAAUCCAGCUUGUCUGGGUGAGUUAGCGAAUUUUCACGACAAAGUCAACAGACCAGCUUCUCCCACGUCUGAGGAGCUGAUAAUCGAUGAACUGAAUCAUAUCCUGCGAAAAGAUUCUUCGUUCUUUAGAGAUGAUUUUAAUUCAGAGAGAACUAGCAAUGUUGAGUGCUCGGAUAUUCAAUCGGAAUUAUUUGAGGAUAACAGAGCGGAUGACAAGCCGGAAAGUUUCAGAAUAAAUUUAUCAGUCUUGGAACCGAAGAACCGCGAACAAAUUGAGAACUGCUCGUCAUCAAAUUUAACGGAAUUCAAGAAACCGGAAUUAAUUAGCGACAAGAAAAGCGUCGUGUCUUCAAAAUCUUACAUGUCAACACUGUCGUUAACCUCAGAUCGGUCAAAAACAACAUCCGACAUGGAGGACUCGGAUCAAGCAGCAGAUGAGGGUGGAAUGGAGGAAGGAAUUGGUGAAUCAAAAUCGGGAUUACUGGCACCCUGCCAUGCGCCUUUGAAUCUUCGACCCAGUCUUGAGCCUCUGAAAGCACUUCGCAGUAAGAAAGCACGCUCGAUACAAUCCCGAAUGACAUCGCUUGAAAAGUCAACAAACAUUGAGAGCGAUGAUAAAACCGAGGAAGAGGAUAUUCCGACAACCGCUGCCAAAAUUAACGACAACAAUAAGACCGCCGAAGAUAAAACCGCUUACAAGGGAAAUGACAAUCAGGCGAACCAUGAUUUUGCUACAAUGGAGAAUAAUAAGUAUCUGGGGGCAGAUUAUUGCAAAGAACCAGGUGAAUUCGCAGACGUGAUCGACAAAUUCAAAUUUAGAGUCAAAGAUAAAUCUUUCAGGCGGCUGGUGAUUAAUCAAAUCGAGGAAACCAUUUGCGGGUCGAAUUCUGGCUUAGAGAUUUCUGUUGAUGAGAUUUUCGAUAAGCUUAAUGUGUCUGAUGAAAUGUUAGAACACGAUCCCAGCGAUUCUUUCCGGGCCUUCACGCUGAUCAUUGCCGAUUCGGAGGUUCUUGAAAUUUUUUUGGAUCUGCUGCUAGAACGGACAGACAGAGCGCCCACUUUUGAGGAAAUAAUGAGUCAUCUGACGAGUGUCUUUGCGAAACGGUUGGAAAAACAGGGUCGAAAGACUAGGGAGACUUUGAGGGCCGAAAAAGCGACGAAGCGUCUGCUGGCACUGCUCGUUAAUUCAAAACAGUAUGUAGGUAAUCGUAGUAAAACUUUUGAUAAUGACUUACCCUGUAAACAGCGAGCUCCCAUAAACUUCCGACAGUUGAGACGAGUCCUUCCCGUUCAGUCGUAUAACUUAAUAGCACCCAUCCUGGGAAUCCCAUCCUGGCACCCAAAGCACUGGACCUCGAUAAAGGACGCGCGUAAACUCAAGAUUGCCACGAAAACCUCGGCCAGCAAGGUUAAGAGCCAGCCUAGUGUCAGGUUUUCGCACCGCCAAGAAUCUGAAAUAGAAUUUGAUUUAGUGGUCCAUCCACCUUCGUUGAGAAAAUCCCCGGUGGAGGAUGACCUGGAGUCUCACAAGAAACAGAUGAAUCCAUAUGUUUCCUUUCUACUCAAGCCUAGAAGAAAGGCGGUAAUUUGGCGACCUCUGACGGAAAGCGACCUCGAAGGAUACGACCCCGACGCGACGCUCAAUAAACGCACGGGAAAAGUUACCGACAGUAUCUGCGUUGAAUUUUGCCAAUGGCUGAGAAAUCUCGGAGGUUUUGAUACUACUGUUGAUGAACAAGUGCUCAAGGAUAUGUUUGAAACUGAUUUCACUGUAGAUAUCUCUAAGGUCAUGCAGAUGUCGCAAAAAGAAUUGCCUGUGGUACCAUCAGCCGUCGCACAGAUUAGAAACUGCCCUGAAGCAGGGGAGCUGGAGAAAACGAGGUGGCACUUGAUGGGUGACGCUAAAGCAGAGACCAGGAAAACUAGACUCGUAGGGUUUGGAUCUACAUUACCAAGACAUUUGAAGUACGUACCACCUAAUAAUAAAGUGGAAGCCAACUGGUUAGUUUGCGAAUACAUUCCCCACGAUUUGGAGUCUAUGGAAACUGUCUGGAAGGGAAUCACUCACCUGGACAGCGUCAAAGGAUUCGUCAAUUGGCUGAAUACCAAUUCACAGGUGAAACCUCCGGAAAUUUUGGAAUCGGAAAUAAAUUUCAAGCUCACUUAAGAAAUAAAAAUCAAUAAUAUAAAAUUUUAAUCUAAAUUUAAAAUGUUAAGAUUAAGAUUGAAAUUCCAGUGUAACUAUUUUUACUCGAAAAUAAAUUUUCUGCAUUUUCUCUAAUUAAAAAAGGAAAUACUAAAAGAAAGUGUAGCGGAAGACUGUUUGAAUCAAGAGCAUUUCUUAAUUUUACAAAUGAGGAUAGCUGAGUUCACGCGUCGACAGCUCGCUUGUAACCAGGCUCUGGCUGUGACAGAGGCUGAGAUUUCUGUCACUAGCAACAGCAUCAUAAGGAUGCGAUCAUCGAAACGGUCUUAUUUAAGAUUCAUC